AUGAGCCGGAAACAACUUGGGUUUGAUCCUACCAUCGUCGCGACCGGGACCGAACGGUAUAUCGAAAUUGAGAAGAACGGUAUGAGAGAACGGCUGAUCAUCGACGAGAUUGUUGGACGAGCACGCUGUGUUGCCGGGCGAGCCACAACGUGCUGGAAGGUAUACUGUGAGACAGACAAAUCACGGACGCCGCUGGUUGUCAAGGACUCCUGGCAGUAUCCGGAACGCACUGAGGAAGGAGAGUUGCUGCGAGAGGCGAUGGCGAAGGGGGUCAAGAAUGUUGCGAGGUAUUAUCACCACGAGACAGUUCGCAUUGACGACAAGGAUGAUGAUGUCUUGGCUAUCCGAAAGGGCCUCAGUCUUCCGAUUUCGAAAGAUGAGAAGGGUGGUUUUAAGGCAACAGUGCGGCGUAUAAACGUACCCAGUCAAGUUCUCCGUCCAAAUCUGCCGACGGCUCUACCCGACGCAAUCGAGUUCACCGCCGCAUCGUUAUCCGGGAUUGUGGGAAACCAAUCUAUGAGAGUAGCUCGAAGUCUACACUUCUCACUGGGCUGGCCGGCUGUAUUGACGGAUACAUGUCGCUCCAUGAUGUGGCUGGCCUCAUCCAAUGUGACGUUUCCCCCCGGAACCUGA